UCCCAUUUAAGAUUGAUUUGCCUUUGAUGCCUGACCUUCCCACAGAUCAUAAGAGCAGCAUUCUCUCUUUUCUGUGCAAAAAGGACUUUGGUAGUUUUAACCAGUCUGUGAAAAGAGAGCAUGUGAAGACACAGUUUUCAGGUGAAAAGAGCCUCCUCCACUACACCGUAGCCAGCGGAGAUGCAGAGAGUGUCGAGCAUGUCCUGAGUCUGGGGGCUGAAGUCAACUGUACGACUGCCAGAGGUUACACUCCUCUCAUUGUUGCUGUUCUGCACAGGCUUCAUGACAUCAUCUCUUUGUUGCUGGAAAAUGGUGCGUCUGCCACCCAAGGGGCUGAGGAUGAUUGGACAGCACUCCAUUUCGCUGCUCAGAAUGGCGAUGACAGGACUGUCCGUCUUCUGUUGGACAAAGGAGCUUUGGCGGAUGCCCGGGAAAAAGCUGGUUGGGUGCCCCUCCACCUGGCCUCCCAGAAUGGCCAUGAGACAGUGGUGCGCCUGCUGCUUUCACGGCUGCCAGAGAAGGCAGUCAGAGAACGGGAGGCACAAGGGAGGACUCCGCUCCACCUCGCCUCCGCCUAUGGGCAUCUUAAUAUUGCCAAGCUUCUCCUCUCUAAGGGAGCAGAUCCCAACGCUACGGACUGCUCUCUCUCCACCGCUCUUCACUUAUCAGCUGAGGAAGGCCACAACAGAGUAGUGAGACAGUUGAUGAAGAGUGGGGUGAAUAUAGGCAGUGCAGACAGCAGAGGAUACACUCCACUUCACCUGGCUGCUCUGAAGGGUCACACAGGCAUUUGCAGGCAGCUGUUGUCAAAUGGGAGAUGCCCAAACUCCAGGUCCCUCCUAGGCUGGACUCCCCUGCACCUGGCUGCCCUUAAGGGACACGAAGCCACAGUGGUGCAGCUGGAGAGUCAGGGUGGUUGUGUGAACGCUGGAGGGGAGAACGGCUGGACCCCACUCCACCUUGCAUGCUAUCAGGGUGGGCCGGAAGUGGUGGCAAAGCUCCUGGAAGCCAAAGCCGACCCAAACGUGUCCGAGGACAGUAAAGGAUGGACACCACUACAUGUAGCUUGUACCAAUGCCAGUUUACAAAGUGUCCUCCACUUGAUAUCACAUCAUGCAGAUGUCAAUGCGUUAAACUCAAGAAAGGCAACACCUUUACACCUCGCUGCACAGCAUGACUGUAAACCUAUUGUAAAUGCUCUGCUGCUUAAUUCAGCCGACAGGACUCUUCUGGACUCUUCUGGAUCCACAGCUCUGAAUGUGGCUCAGAGGUGUGAACAUUUGGAAAUAGUACAACUACUGAUGAAGUAGUUCCGGUGAAAGCAUUAUGAAUGGAAUUGGAAUACAACAAUAAUGGCACAUGUGGAGUAUUGUCUUCCUUAAGUAUUUUAUAAUAAAAAAACACAAAAUAAUCCACCUUUUGCUCUACAAACAAAUUGCAUUUUAUUACAACUGCAUACCACGCAAGUUCUUAAAAUGUUCUGAUGCCCAAUUCAUUUUUAUAUACAAAUGAA